UGGAUGAACGAGUCAUCAUGUUGCUGUUGGGAAAAAAAAAAAAUGUAAAAUAAAAAAAAUCCAGCAUAAGUCCCAGUUAAGUGAGGGGUUCCACCUUCCUUUCUGCUGAGCCUCUACGGUAUGUUUUUUAACUUCACAAUUCAAAGUAUAGGUGUGUUUUCCCAACCAGAUGACUAUUGAUCAUGUGGUUGACUUAACUGUUCAGCAUUUUUUACUCUGAACAAGACCUUGAAGUUUGCACUCACCACCAACAUGAGUGUGCGAGGCACCCACCGCAAAUACCUCACCGUUGCGCAACAACAGCUACAGAGUUUUGUGAAAUGUCAUUUAUCUGAUGUUGUCAUGCUACACACCACCAUUUGCGAUAACGCGCGGACAAAACUGCUGUCUAAAUACAUUUUGACGAGUCAGCGGGAGGACGACUACGUACCAUGGAUAUGGUGCUGCUCCUUCUGGUGUGUGCUUCUUGACUACUUGGGGGCAGUAUAAUACAGACAGCAAAACACAAAAUAGUUGGACAACUGGCUCAGUAAACUGCUAUAACUGGCUAACAAAGCAGCAGACAUGCUGCAGAAGAUUAAGGAGUUUGGCUCACAUGCCAUUGAUAUCUAUGGCUACCUCGUCGCAGGAAUUGAUCCUCGGCUGAAGGAUCACUUACUGAUGCAGAGUCCUAUUCCAAUGACUGUAGUUUUGCUGUGCUACCUGUUCUUCGUACUGUACCUGGGCCCUCGCGUCAUGGCCAAUCGCAAGCCCUUCCAGCUGAAGGAGGCCAUGAUAGUCUAUAACUUUGCGCUAGUGGUGCUUUCAAUAUACAUCGUCUAUGAGUUCCUUAUGUCUGGAUGGGCCACGACGUAUACUUGGCGAUGUGAUGCAAUCGAUGUUUCCGACAGCCCUCAAGCACUAAGAAUGGUCGAGGUGGCUUGGCUGUUUUGGUUCUCCAAAAUUAUUGAGCUCAUGGACACCAUCUUCUUCGUGUUGAGGAAAAAGAGCGGCCAGAUCACCUUCUUACACAUCUUCCACCACUCCUUCAUGCCCUGGACCUGGUGGUGGGGAGUUUGCUAUGCUCCCGGUGGAAUGGGAUCCUUCCACGCUAUGGUGAAUUCUUCCGUCCACGUGGUCAUGUACUUCUACUACUUCCUUGCUGCGGCCGGACCUCGCUUCCAGAAGUUCCUAUGGUGGAAGAAAUACAUGACGGCCAUUCAGCUUAUCCAGUUCGUCCUGGUAUCUCUUCACGUGACUCAGUAUUACUUCAUGGACAGCUGCGACUACCAGUUCCCCAUGAUCAUCCACAUGGUGUGGAUGUACGGCACCUUCUUCUUCGUGCUCUUCUCCAACUUCUGGGUGCAGGCGUACGUCAAGGGCAAGCGGCUGCCCAAGCAGGACAUCAAGCCGUGCCAGAACAGCGGCACACCCGCCGCCGUCCCCGCCCCCACCGUGUACGCAAACGGCAAGCACCGCGAGAACGGCGUUAAAAACUGCACGAGCAACGGCACGGCGCAUCACGAAAACGGCAGCGCUCCCAUGGGCAAGAUGAAGAAGGCCUAGGGCGCAAAGAAGGAACCUCCCAAAAAGUAUGACCUCGCGAACCCGUCACACCAACUACGGAUUCCAAAGAUGAUUUUGGCUGCGUUUCUUGUCCUGUUUUGUAUGUGAAACGUGAGAGGGAGGGGAAUAACGUGGUCCAUGACUUCCGCAAAGGAGGGGGGGAUUCCACAUUCGGUUGGUUCGUUUGUCUUGAGUUUAUGGGGAAAGCACAAUGUAUGAAGAGAUGUUCACUGACAUGCAAGUUGAGUAUCACACUGGUUGCCUUUCACUUAAGACACCUUUCCCCAUGUUCUCACGUCACCUCUUUGUGGACAGAUGACUGUAAAGAAGACUUGAAAAUACUUUUAUCUGUAAAUAGUUUUACAACAAAAUGACUAAUUGCAUUGGUACGGCAUUCUAUUUUCGAAAUAGUGUAUUUAAAAAUAAAAUGCCAAUAAACCAUCAUGUUACAAAUGA